GUGGACAUCAUCGACGCUUGUCAACGACUCCAGAGGUAACACUCGUUGGAUAGACAAGGUCACCUCCGUCCUCACCACAUCUGCAUCAACUCGUACUAGCUACACUUCUUAACUGCUUUAUCGCUUUUUAGCGAUGCAGAUUUUCGUAAAAACCCUCACGGGUAAGACUAUCACCCUUGAGGUGGAGUCCUCCGACACCAUCGAUGUUGUCAAGAACAAAAUCCAGGAUAAGGAGGGCAUCCCACCUGACCAGCAACGUCUAAUCUUUGCUGGUAAACAGCUCGAGGAUGGCCGUACGCUUAGCGACUACAACAUCCAGAAGGAGUCCACCCUUCAUCUUGUGCUCAGAUUGCGAGGUGGUGCGAAGAAGAGGAAGAAGAAGACCUACAAUACCCCGAAAAAAAUCAAGCACAAGCGCAAGAAGGUUAAAAUGGCCAUCUUGAAAUACUAUAAGGUGGACUCCGAUGGGAAGAUUCAGCGUCUGCGUCGUGAAUGCCCGAAUGCGGAGUGCGGCGCUGGUGUUUUCAUGGCCUUCCACAAAGACCGCCAGUACUGUGGGAAGUGCAACCUCACGUACACCUUCCAGCCUGGUACCAAACCUCCAACUGCGAGGUGAACACCUGUCUCUUUCGCGCCAUUUCCAUACGCUUUAAGCUUUUAUGUUAUGCAUCCACUCCAUGUCGAACGAUAUGUUUCGCAAUCAAAAUACAUUUGUAGCACUGGACUUUGUAAGACGAGUCGGAUGAAGAUCACCGUGUGAAGCAAAA